CCGGCGUUUUGCCCCUUACCCAACCGGCGACAAAAUGUAGCUACCAAGGAAGAGGUGCAGAGGAGUUCAAGUUAUUAGCUGAGGAAAUAGAAGACGGACAGUGUGGUGCGGUUACGCCCGGGAAGGGGGCGACAGAAUUUGACGUUAAAUCGGUGGAACGCUCAGGCGUUUGGUGAGGACACCUCGUUGGGUCCUUUCUCACUGCCGUCGGGUGCGGGACGGUGCCCCUAAUUGCUGAAGACUGAGGCUACCCGGUGAAGCUCUCCAGGUUGCUCUGUCCACCGAUUUAUGAUUUUCUGCCGUAUCUUUAAAAAAAUGGCAACUAACGGUGCUGUUCUGAAGAGACUGGAACAGAAGGGUGCAGAAGCAGAUCAAAUUAUUGAAUAUUUAAAGCAGCAAGUUGCUCUUCUUAAGGAGAAAGCAAUUUUGCAGGCAACUUUGAGAGAAGAGAAGAAACUUCGAGUUGAAAAUGCUAAAUUAAAGAAAGAAAUUGAAGAAUUGAAACAAGAGCUAAUUCAGGCAGAACUUCAAAACGGAGUGAAACAAAUACCAUUCCCAUCUGGUACUCCACUGCAAGCUAAUUCCACAGUUUCCGAAAAAGUGAUACAGUCUAUACCAAUGACAACUGUAUCUUCUGGUGCCAAAGAACAGAUAACAGGAGGAAGAGCAGAAGAAAAGAUGAAAGAGAAAAUUGAAAUGAAAGAGAAAAAGGAGAAAAAACAAUCAAUAGCAGGAAGUGCUGACUCUAAGCCAAUAGAUGUUUCUCGUCUGGAUCUUCGAGUUGGUUGUAUCAUUACUGCCAGAAAACAUCCUGAUGCAGAUUCUUUAUAUGUAGAAGAAAUAGAUGUUGGAGAAACAGCCCCAAGAACAGUUGUCAGUGGCCUGGUGAAUCAUGUUCCUCUUGAACAGAUGCAAAAUCGGAUGGUGAUUUUACUUUGUAACCUGAAACCUGCAAAGAUGAGGGGAGUAAUAUCUCAGGCAAUGGUAAUGUGUGCUAGUUCACCUGAGAAGGUUGAAAUCUUGGCACCUCCUACUGGGUCUGUUCCUGGAGACAGAAUUAUUUUUGAUGCUUUUCCUGGAGAGCCUGACAAGGAGCUAAAUCCUAAGAAGAAGAUUUGGGAGCAGAUCCAGCCAGAUCUCAGCACUAAUGAUGAGUGUGUGGCUACAUACAAAGGAGUUCCCUUUGAGGUGAAAGGGAAGGGAGUGUGUAGGGCUCAAACUAUGACCAACAGUGGAAUAAAAUAAAAUAAAAUAAAAUAAAAUAAAAUAAAAUAAAAUACUCAUUUACUGAAAUACAUUGGAGAAAACUUUAAUAACAAUAAAAAGAAAUAUAUUUGUCACUUGUGCCUAAAAUAUAACUGGCUUUUUUAUGUUAUUUCUCUUCUAGACUUGACUAGUUUUUUAAUCAGGUAUAUAUUAUUUUCAGUCAGUUAAAGAAGCACUACAUUUUUACUUACAAUUUUUGCUCCUGUAUAAUGUAGGAAAGAAAUCAAUUAUGUUUUGUGAUUGUUUAUUUUUUAGCAGGGAUGUUGGUUAGCAGAUUAUUUUCUUGAUACAUUUAGAUAACUUGAACUAGAUGAACAUUUAGUUUCCUGUUUGUAGGCACAUGGUACAUGAAAUUUUAAGCCUUUGGAUUUUUAGUAUAUUGUGUGUCUGUAUUAUAAAUGUCCUCUCCUCUUCAAAAGUGACAAGUUGGAAUUUUUGUCAGUCUUAUUAAUUAAUCAUAUUGUAAUAAUAUUGAAAAUGGCCAACUAGAGAGCCAAACAUCAUAAAAGCUAGGAGAUGUGGUACUUCAACAUUAUUGCUGUUGCUUACCAAAGUAAUCAGACCUGUAAAGGUGACUUUUUUUAAGAGUGAAAUUUUCAGUUGUAUACUGAACUUUCUUUCCAUUUGACAAAAUAAUUAGUAAUAAAUUUCAACUAACUAUAAAGAAUAAACAUUUUGCAAAGUGUUGCCAAUACACUUUCCAAUAAAUUGAUGUAAAAGCAGCAGUCUAAAUUUUUUAGUCUAGGUGGUUGUAAAGAUUCUUUGGGUACCUAAUACAAGAUUAAUUAUAGAUUGUUACAUUUUAGAAGAGUAUUUAAAAUCAAUAUAUUUUGCUUUUUCAUGUACCAUCACACUGUCAAUAUGUUAAAAGAAAUUGUUACCAAAGUUAACAUAUAUAUGUAUUAAGGUGUCAAAUGCCUAUUUUCACUCAUCUUACAGAUAUUGUAGGAACAAUGAAAAUUAACUUAGGAAUUAUGAGCUUUCAAGUUCACCAGCCUUGAGAUGAUGACUGAUGAGGGCUACCAAAAAGAAAUGCAUCUCUGGAGGUAGGAGUAUAGAUAUUGUUUGAAAGAAAAAUCAUACAUACAAUAUCUAGCUGCUUAUAGUCUCUAAUCAGAAAGAGAGGCAAAAUAAAUUUAAAACAACCCUGCAUGCCAGCUUAUGAAAGGUAUAAUUAAAUUUCAUUUAUUUAAGUCCAUGGAGUUCUGGUAGGCCAGUUUUAUCUUCUUGCUGAAAAACGAAAUAUUAACAGAGCAUCAAUAGCAACAAUUGACAAGUAAACACAAAUGAAACUCAAAAGUUAUUUUAUACUCAGGAUAAAUUAUUCUUUUGGAAAUAAGACUGUGAUAAAAUCUUUCGUGAUUCUGUAUUUUCUAAUUUUUCCCAAUUAAAUUUCUUUAAAUAUUCUAAUAUAAAUUAAAGAAUGUUUCAACUACUUAGAUAAUUGAAAUAUUUAUUCCCAGGUUUUAAAAUUACAUAAAACAUUAAUCAAGUCAUCAAUGUAGCCCCAUUAUUAGUCAUUGUUUUUACAGGAAAAAGAAUUCUAUUUUAUUUGUCUCACUGGGAUAAGAGAGUUCUUAUGGAAUCAACAACAACAAAAAUGGCAUUGGUAGUGAACUGUACAUAAACCUUUUGGCUUCUGACUAGUAUUCAGCCCUUUAAGGAUUUCAACGGUAGAAGAUAGUGUUAGGUCACAGCCUAAACAGUUGGUGCCUUUCAGCCUCUAUUUAAACCAGAAAAUAAUAAAUUAAUGAAGUUGACCCAAUCACAUGAUGCUUUCUUAAGCAAGAUUGGCCCACUAUCUUACAGUGAAUAUUGGGAGUACUAACUUUUCUUAUAUUUAGAAAUUCCAUGUGUAUUAUUGCUUUGAGAUUAGUCAUUUUCAGGGCAUGUUGAUUUUAAUAUAAAAUUGAAAAUUUUUUCUCCGCCUUGCUUUCACUAAAAGCAUUAGGUACUCUAGGAUACAAGAAUAAGUGCCCACCAAACAGAUAAUUUAUCAUUGCUUUUUAAAAAUAUGUAAAUUUCUAUUUAGACUAUCUACAGAAUAUUCAAAGUAACUCAUUGAAGUUUAAUAAGAAGCAUGUCAGCAAGACAGAGGGUGUGGAUAAGACUGUGUCAAGCAACAUUAGUGAGUUUAACCAGGUCCCAGAGUCUUGGCCUUGGCUUUGCAGGUCCAAAAGCCUGCAUUUGUAGAUGACUGUCAGAGAUGCUAAGAUAUCCAAAGAGCUUAGUAUUGGUUUUGACACCAGAUUAUCUAGUUUUGAUUUCUGGCUGUACAACUUAAAUGCAUAUGUAAGCUAGGGUAACUGUUUAGCCUUUAUGUACUUUAUUCCCCUUGUUUAAGAUGGGUACAGUAAAGUACUUAUCUUAGAGUUGUAAAGAGUGUGGGAGUUUAGUACCUAGAGUACUUAAGACAGUUCCUAUUAUAUAAUAGAUACAUAUCAUGUUGAUAUUAGUUUAUGGUAGAGAUAUUCCUUUUCCAGAAACUAGCGUUCUUGAGAUUUCCUGAGAAGUUAAAUUCUUGUUCAGAACGUUACUCAGUGUAUAUGAAGUGAGCAGAGUAUCUUAAGGAAUAUUUCAUACAGACUGAGGUCCUGUUUUUUAACAGACUCUAUUAUUUUUUUGUACCAGAUAUAGUAUCUGUUACCUUGCUGGAGAUGUUCAUUACUACAUUACUGAAAAUUUCCCACUGAAAUCUGUUGUUUAGAUAUUUAGAUACCAUUCAUGUUCAUUGAUGCCCUGUGACUGGUUUAAUAUUAAUGAUAAAAUUUUAAAUAGUUUUGCAAUUUUCUUAUACUAGGAAGACAAUAUUUCUCACUAUUGUGUUUUAGUUUAUUAUAAAUAGAAGCAAUGCUCUUUCCAAGUUCUUGGUCAGUGGGGAAGCAUAUCACUAUUGCGUGUAACAGGAACAUUAAAAGGAUAUGAAUAUACCUCAGCUUUCCAGGGAAAUUAUAUGUUGUACCUUUAAAAAAAUAAAAAUAUCAGAAGUGCUCAAUACUAAGGGUAUACUUUAGCCACACAAACUGUGACACUCUGAGCAUUAUGCAACAAUGUAAAAAACUAAAACUUUAUCACCAAAAUACCAAAUAAAAACUAUGGAGGCAAAUUAAUGUAACUCAACUAACAAUAAUAUUGCAAAUUACUGUUCUGUGGAGAAACCUUUACUCUCCAAAAUUUCAAUUAAGUAAUAAACCAUGCCCUUUUCUAACAAAAGCUGGGGGAGGGGAGUAUAUUCAUAUUUCUCUGCUAUUAUGGAUUUUUAUUAUAGAAUUAUUAUUAAGAUAUUUAGUGCUUUAUAGCUAACAAAAUAGUUUCACACAUCUUAUCUGUUUCUUAACUCUAUAGAGGUAGACCAGCCAUUUCAUUUACCCUAAAGAACCAACAGAAAAGUUAAAUAAAUGCCUGUGCUUAGUGUAACUAGCUGAAACCUAGAUCUUCUUCCGGCUUUUAACUAAUCCUGUGCUCUUCUCCAUUACAAUAUACUACCUUAUGUGUCACUUAAAUGCCCUGUGGUUUCUUGUAUUUGCAUGAGAAACAACUUUUCUUCUGUUUAAACUUUAGGAAAAGAUAGUGAUAAACUCCCUAAACUGUAGUAGUUCAUGUAAGGAGAUUAGGGUGACUCCUUUAUUGGAUUAUUUAAGAGAUUCUAAAGAGAGAAGUGAGAUCAUUCAUUAAACAUUGCUUUGGAGUGGUUGGUUACAAAGAUAAUUUACCAACUUUCUUCUUUUUGUUGCAGAAGUUCUUAGGAAGAAUCUCUUGGUAAAACAAGGCUGCUGCUGCUGGUAGCAGUUGGCUUGAUUCUAUGAAUAGUGUACUGUUGAGGGCACUGAUCCUGACUGGCCAUCCCAAAAGCCAACCUAUGAGAGAAGUCACUAAGUUCUGAUAGAUAGAUAGAUAGAUAGAUAGAUAGAUAGAUAGAUAGAAGUAAUAUUUAAUUAUUUAAUCCAGGAGCAACUCUGUAGUUACACCUCAUUUGCAGUACUGUUUGGAUGAUAAUCCCAAAAUUUGCAGUGAUAAUGAUGAUAAUCCCAAAAUUUGCAGUGAUAAAUGACAAGAAGGAAGGUAACUGAUGGCUAAUAUACCUCUAUACAAAACCAGACAUUCAGAUACCAACUUGUUGGAAUGAAAAAGAGUGGCUUACACAUUCUUGCUUACUGCACUUUUUAUAGUUCUGGUUUUUCCUUUGGAUAAAUCUUGGCAGAGAUAAUUCAUAGGGGUAUAACUCCAAAAAAAUUUUGGAAAAAGGACCCAGAACAAUGAAAUAAUUGCUGGUUUGAAAGUGAGCCAUCUGGAAUUUCAGAGUGUGAAUUAAUUAUCGUAUAUUAUAUUUUUUCACCCUUAUGUAUUCCCUUGUUUAUUUUUUUUCCUUCCCCUUCCUUACUCCCACCCCCCGCCUAGCAUACACUAUUCCCAAUUCUCUGGAUUUUUUAGUAAAAUAUGUGUGUAAGUGUUAUUUUAUGUCUCCAUCAACAUCAUUUCCUAUCUGGCAGGCUAUUGUCCUUAGCAACAGCAGCAGAAACAAGCCUGGGACUCAAUAAUUGUAAGAAAAAAGAAUAAUCCUUUUUAAUGAAGGAGCUAACUGCUCUUCCUUGCCUUUCCCAUUGCUACAUAAUACCUGAAGAAUUGUUCAAAUAGCAAUUAUUAAUGUCUGCUCAUUUCUGCAAUGGCAUUUUUGUGAGGAGCCUUCAUAUCAAGGUUGCUCUUAACAGUUUUACAUUUGUUUUUGUAAAUUGCCUCAUUAGAAUAUUAUACAUUCCAGUAGAGAAAUGCUCUCAAUACAUAACAUCCACUUAACAUUUCAGCUCUAAGAUUGCAUAUUUGGCUGAUACUUGUUAGUUUAAAACCCAUUCAACUUUUACACCUGGGGAAUGUGGAAAGAACAGUAUAGGAGUUAUCCAAAAUCAACACCACAAUUUGAUUUCUCUUUGAAAAAGAUUUAAGAAGAAUACAAAGUAAAAGUCACUUUUAGAGGUUAACAAAAGAGAAUAGUAAUGUUGGUAAAAAUAACCUUUUUCUAAAACUUCAGUUGUCAUAUGAAAAGAUAACAUUUUCUCUUAAAACAGCACAUAAAUGGAAAACAAAAACUUCAGGUGCUUAUGAAUACAUUUAUUAUUAAAAAUAAGGUUUGAGGAUUUGGGGAAUAGCGAUGUCAUUUAAAAACAUUGGCCUUUUAUAAAGAAUAUACCUGAAUGUGCCUGAGGCACAUUGGUAAUAUGCCUGAAACACAGUAGAACAGAAAAUCUAAACAAAUUCUUAAUGAAAAAUAUGGCAGAGUAUAAACAUAAGUAAAAGCAAAUCUGAAAUUGCUAAUUGAGGUAAUCUAUUUAGAAGAAUAAACCUAGUAAAGGUCAGAGCUAAUGAGUAUUAGGGGUGAAUCACCAAUGUCCCAAGAUGGUAUGUGCUAAUGAGACUCUAAACUCAGCUACACAAAAAUAUCAAGUAUACCAUCGUCCAGUCCUCUAAAAUGUUCAAAACUUUCAAAUACAAAGUUUGGUAGAGAAUUUUGUCUUCCAGGUGAGAAUAGCAUACAGUUUGGGCCUCUGAAGGGACAUGAGGGAAGAUUGCAAAUUAUGGACUAAUGGGAUAGGUGGCAGGACACCAAAGAUGAACUUUCUGGAUAUCAUUUCUUUUACGUAGAGCUAAUUUUGGUCACAUGGUUCUUUUGUCACAAGUUGUAAUUAUCUCCAGUUAUGAUUAGUUUAUUCAAUGGGUACACAUGUACUGUCAUCAAAAAAAAAAAAAAAAGCUAAACAACCCAACUUCAAGUAGAGUACAGCACAGCAACAAGAGGUUCACUGUGGUGUCUCACCAUACUUUUGAUUCAACUACCCUACUACCAACUAACAACUUACUUCUCUACAUGCACUAUGCUGAUUAUUAUGAGGAGUUAGAAUUGCUGCUGCAUAAGGGUACAUGGAAGAACAAGUCUGGAGUUUAAUGCCUCUUGGAUACUGUACUAGAAUUAAGAGUAUAUUAGGGAAAACACACUGACAAGAAAGAUGAGGGAAGAUGGAAACAGUGGUGAGCAAUGGACCUUCUAAUAUUUGUAUAUUAAGUUGAAAGAGAAAAUGAUAAAUUACCAGGAAUGGUCAAUGUAGUUGGUAAGAAAGUACUUUUGAACAGAAGGGGCAAUCUGUCAGGAAAAUCUUGAAUUAAAUGUCUUAGCAAAAUCUGGUAAUAGGGGGAAAGGAGAAGCAUUCCAAAGCCCUCUUUCCUAGGUAGGACAUGGGAAGGAGAUAAGGAUAGGGAGAAAAUGAAAGUGUUCUACAGGUCUUACCUUAGUUGGUGAGGGCAUAAGGCUCUAUGGAAAGAAAGUUCUUAGGGAAGUAGUUGUUACCUUGUCAAACAAAUAGUGCUUGAUUCUGAAUUCAGAAAUAAGGAAAUAAUCCUUAAUGCAUAUCAGAGUAGAACUUUGAAAUUAUCAAGGAUCAGCAAAACUGAUUUGGUAAAGGAAAAGAAAACUGUAAGAAAUACAGUAAUAUAAAAUAAUUAAACAUAAAGUAUGAUGGAGAAACAUCCAAUAUGCUUGCAUGGGAGAAUUUAAUAUCACAAAAUAUUUUUCAUAACACAAGUUUUUUUAAUUAGGAAAAAUCUAAAAAAUACAUAAAUGAAUGCCUGAGAAUAUCUAACAAAAUAUUUUCAAAUAAGAGAAACUUGUUCUAGAUAUCAAGGAAUGAUACAGAGCCAUUUUAAUUAAAUCAUUCUGGUAUCGGCGGUAUAAAAUAGAUAACAGAAAGAAAUAAGAAUCCAGAAUAGAUCCAGAAAUAAAGGAGAUAUCUUUCUCUAUAUAUGUCUACCUACCUCAGUCUGUCUAUCUUCAGUAGGAAAAGGAUGAAUUAUUUAGUAAACUAGAGAAAGUAUAAUUGAUUACCCAUCUGAAAGAAAUGAAACUAAAACCACAUCUUGUAUCAAAUACAGAGAAGUAUAUGAGUAUAAGAAAAUUCACAAAUUUAGUUUGGCAUAAAUUCUCAUGAAGUUAAGGGAUAAAUAAUAGAAGGGAAAAAAUAGCAAUGUGAAAGACAGAUGGAAGACUAAUAUCCGUAGUGUACAGAGAGCUCUUCUAUUUUGCCAAGCAGGGAGUGUUAAAAAAAAUAUUCAGUGACACUUGUUAAAGAUGAUAAGGCAGACUUUAUUCAGGAUUGUGUAGAUAGGUAUAAGUACUACUGCAGUGGGAUGUUAGAGUCGGGAGAGAGAUUGGAUUCAACUCCAGAUAUUGCACAGCCAAGUGUGAGAAUUGACAAGGAUAUGAAUUUACAACCCAAGGAGCAGGGUGGGGAAUCAGUGGUCACUUUGGAGUUGAUGGAGGAUGAGGAACCUGAUCAGAUACUGAGGGUCGAGGGUUCUGGUUUAACUAAUGUAUCAGAAUUCUUGCUAAGACUAGAUUUUACAAGGAAAUGCACAGGCGGGCCUAGAAGACGUUUAAGCCUGACUAAAGUUUUGGUCAAGCAAAGAAUCAUUAUAAGAAGUAAUCCAAUAGGAAAAUGAUAAAAAGGAUAAUGUGAAGAGGCAAUUCAUAGAGGAGCAAAUCUAAAUGAGCAGUGUGCUUAUAAAGAUAGUCUAAUUGAAUAGUAGUUUGGGAAAUGCAAAUUAAGGUAAGAUAAUUUAACAUUUAUCAAACUGGUGUUAGCAGUAGGUAUUUAAGGUGAUAACACCAACUGAUGACAAAAAUAUAGGAAAGGGUACUCAAAUGUUGGUGUAAAUAAAGUUUGUGACACUAUGAAGAGAAACUGGGUAAGAUAUAUUGAAAUUAAAAGGUGUGUAUACCUUAAUCCAGAAACUCCACUCUUGGAAAUAUAACUUACAGGAAAACGUCAAUCUUAUGCACACACACACACACAUGAAUAGUUGUCAGAGCAUGACUCUUGGUGACAAAAACUGGAGUGCACGUCAAUAGAGGAGUAGUUGUACAAAUUGUUAUAAAUACACUGAAAUGUAAAAAAGGAUGAAUUUAAGCUACUUUUUAGAGUUGGAGGAAUUUUUAUGAGGUUGUAUUAAGUGAAAAAAAGAUGUUGUAGAGAGUAUGAUAUGAAAUGUUUUUUAAAAAGGCAAAAGUCCUCCAUGUGUUUGUGUGUACUCCAUGUGUGAUUACUUGGACUAGCAGGAAAAUAUGAAUGGUGCUCUUUGUUGACAUGAACUCUCUCUAAUUGGCUGAUGUGCAUGAAGAGGAGAGAUGGAAGGAGGAGAGAGCUAAAAGCGGACCAAAAAAGCAGAGUAGAAGACUACUGAAAGAAAGUCAAAUAUGUCAUAUCACAAUUAGGGAGUUAUGUAAAUGUACAUAUGUUUAUAUAUAUGUGUGUGUGUGUGUGUGUGUGUGUACACACACAAAUAUAAAACAUAAUUUAGGGGAAAACAUCACAGAAGUCUUCCUCUUUGAAACUGGAGGCACCUUUCCUGUAUUAAUCAGGUUGGCCUCAGAGGUCUUGAACCCCUGAAUGUUCUCCACAACCUAUCUUUCCUGAAACUAGUAUUAUUUAUAUCCUAGAAGAGUUAGCUGAUGUCACAUGAAUGAAAGAUAUGAAGGACUUAAUACCUGAAUUUUCCACUCCCUUCGCCACUCACUUCAGUUUCAGCUUUGCAGCCUCAAAUCUCAUUAUCUGUCACGAAGGGAGCAACCCCUGGGGAAGUGUCAAUUCCUAUUUAGUUCUUAAACUCAGCCCCGUUGUUGGGCCCUGCAGAGAAAUAGAGAUACUGUUUCAAGUUGGAAUUCGAAUUAUGCUUUCACAUAGAAGCAUUUUACAAAUUUUGGUGUUAGGCUUUCUAAUACCAUUUGUGCUAGAGUUCAGGUAAAAUUAAGAAUUAAGUAGGCUUAUGAGGACUAGUCUGGGAGGAUAAUCAUGAGCUACAAUCCUGUUUCUAAUAGGAAAUACAGUGAAUUGCACACUUAAAACAACUUACAAAUUAAUUUCACUAUUUUAGUGAAAGUUUUAUAAAUUAUAAAGCUCAUUUACCAAUGUUAAACAUGAGGAUGAUCCAAUUUUGAUUUGGUGGUAGACUUGGCUAUGAUUGACUAGAAUUAUUUUCCUUCAGUCCUCUCUGCUGCCUUUUAGACCAUCGUCUCUACUAAGCCAACAUGACCAACCUUACAAGGUAGAGGAGGCCUCUUUUUAAGUCCAGGCUUUAUUCUUAUUUGGUUAAUACAGUAAUAUUGUUACCCUUGUUUGUGCUGCAGGGCUUGGCUCUGAAUUUUUACCUAUAUUUCCAACCCUAAAUACGAACCACAGGUUAUAAAAAAGUGGAAAAGAAAGUUAACAUUUAUUGAGCAUCAUUACAGUAACUAUCCAUUAGAUAUUCCAAAUGAGGCCUUUCACAGGAUUAAAUAAUUUUCGUUGUCUAGCAUCAAGUAAUUGGUGGAACUAGUUUUUAAAAUAUAGAUAAUAAUUGAUUCAUCUUAAAUUUCAUUCAAAUAUAUAUACUAAACAGUUUAUGAAUCAAAAGUGUUCAUUGAAUUUUUACAAAGUGAGUACUCAAACUAACCUCCAGAUCAAAAAACUAAAUAUUACCAGACUCUCAGAAGCUGCCCAGUGCAUGCUCACUGUCCCCUCCCCAAGAGUGACCUCUCCUUCUAACAUCAGAGUAGUUUAUAUUACAUCAGUUUUGACUGUUUUUGAACUUUAUACAAAUGGAAUAAUAUAGUAUAUACUGUUUCAUUCAAUUUUAUGUUUGGACAAUUCAUUGGUAUUGUUACAUGUGGUUGUAGUUUGCUCAUUCUCAUUAUUAUAUAAAUACUCCAUUGAAUAUACCUCAAUUUGCUUAUCUAUAUUCCUGUUAAUGGACUUUUGGAUAAUUACUGGUAGCUAUUUGGCUAUUAUGAAUAGUAUUACCAAGAGCAUUCUUGUACAUACAUGUCUUUUAGUGUACAAAUCUACACAUUUCUGCUGGAUAUAUGAUUAUAGGGCAAUUGCUGUGUCAUAGGAUUUGCAUUAGAAGUCUUGUUUCCUUUAAUUUCUUUUUAACAGCCAAACAGUUGUCCAAAGUGGUUAUACCAAUGUACACUCUCAGUAGCAGGCUAUGGGAAUUCUGACAGUCCUCAACCAUUCUGACAAAGGCACUUUUGAAACGAGGUUUCUGACUCUAAAGCCCAAAGCUCUUUUCCCUUUAUCUAAAUUUUAUUUAAAGGUAAGAACUUGGUAACAAUUUUCUUUUAUAAAUUCCAUGAUUCUUUCUAAGAUUUUUAUUCUUUGUUCAUUAAGUGAGUUUCCUUUUUUAUACUGGAAGAUAUAUCUGCGCUGUACAGAAUUUAGCAGGGUUAGCAGUGUAUCGGAGGCCUCAUGCAAGUAUUUAUCUUCACUGAACCCAGCCUCUUCUAUUUUUUCUGCAUGGGUGAAAAGAAUGGCAGUGUAAUUCUUCCAAGAAUGUCCUAGAAGUUCCUGAAAGAGAGAGAAAGUUAAAUGGCUAUUUGCCUUGGCCUAUAUUCCUCAAACACCAGCAAAGGAAUUAUGGUCCAACAUAGGCAACAGAUCUGGAUGUCAUUAUGUUACUAAAAAUUGAUAUAUGCAAUGGAAAGUGAAGAUGGGGUCAAAUAAUGUAAGUAAAUGGAGAAAGAUGGGUGGAUUUUGUUUAAAAAAAGGCUUUAAUUCUCCAUUUCAUUUUGCUCUUACAAUUUAUGUAUACACAAUUUCAGAACUGCAUGUUAUUAAUGCUGCAUAUGAUACAAUUACAUUUAUAACAUUCAGCAAUAAUUUCUACUUGCCUGCCAACCUAGAGCUGUUAGAACCACUGAAUUCCUUUAAGUCAGAGGACUUGGGCCAAGGGAAUUGUCGUAUUCUUUUUGUAGAAAUGUUGUGUUAUCAUGAUAACCAAAAGUGUCUUCUAAGGAUUUGUAAUUAUAUAAUCUGGUUACAAUCUAUUGAUUAGUCAGAUGUCAUACAAUGGAAAAGUUAAGAUCAAAUUACAUUUAGUGAUUUGAAACAGCUACAAAAUAUUAUUGUGAUUCACUCGCAUCCUCUUCACUUCACAUGCUUAGAAUCAAGUCCAAUUUAUCAGAUGACUUCCUCUACUGUGGUUGAAAAACAUUGAAGACUGGUGUUCCUUUGUUUAGUGAUAUAUGGAAGUUGGUUAUAUAAUAAAUUCUUGUUUGAUUGGUGAAAAUAAGCUGAUGUAAAGCAGAAAUGCCAGCAUGUGGCAAAUUGUUCAUAUAAUAUGGAAGGUGUCUAGGAAUAACCAUUUAACUUUUUAAAAUAUUUACAAAGUUAUAUGAAAUCAUGGCAUUGUGAAAGUAAAAUGACAUUCCAUUCAUUCCAAAUAUUCUCAUUAUCAAAAUAUUUUCAAAUCUGCUACCAGUUUAUAAUAGCAGUUUGGAAUUUAGAUCCUCACCAUCAUCUCAAAUAGAAAGUUUAUUAGGGUUUUAUUUAUUUUUGAGUUUUUGGAAAGAUACAAAAUACUUAGGAAUGAACAUAACAAGAAAUAUCCAGGACCUCUAGUAAUCAGAAGGAAGGAAGAACAACUACUAUUUAGUGCUAAAUAUUAUGCUAGGUACUUUACAUGCUUUAUUUAUUUUGAAAUUCAACAUAAUGCUUUGUGGAAGACACUAGUAUUAUUUCCAUUAAAUAUGGAGAAACUGAUGUAUAGAGAGGUUGAAUACAAAUCCAUAGAGGGAUAUCAGGACAAACUGGUUUAAAAAUUCUUGAGAAAAUUGAAAGAUGGUUUGGGAAACUAUUUUCAAUGUAUGUAACAAAUACAGGAUUGGUAUUUAUAAGACUGAAAAACUGAAAAUGAAAGGAAGAGAGAAAAGGGGAGAAGGAAAGGAAGGAAGGGAGGAGGAAGGGAAUAAGGAGUCAAGACAUGUAAAUAAUAGAAAAUACGGCAACUGUGCGACAAUAUAUUUAAACAUCUUGAGACCACGGUUACCAACUAAAUUCCUGGCACAGUCUGGCAUUUAUCAGACUAUUUGUUUACACAUUUAUCUCUCUAACUUGACCAGUAGCUUUUGGAAGGCAGAGUCUAUGCCUUACUAUGUAAGUCAAAGCUUUGGCACAUUGUAAACUCUCACUAGAUACUGGUUGGAUUAAUUUGGAAUGUAGACCUCACUGUCAUCUCAAAUAGAAGGUUUAGGGUUUUAUUUAUUUGUUUUUGAGUCUUUAGUUUUGAAGUUUAAUCUUUGGGACAUAAAGUGGUACUUUCCUAUAAAAUUUCUCUUUUGUUCUGUAGUUCUCAUGGGUUUGCAUGUAGUCUGCAUUUUGUGUUUUAAAUUCAGAAACACUUUUCUCAGUGAGUAAGUCCAAAAUUUUCCUCAUAUCUGUUUAAAAUUUGUCUAUACCAUAGAAUAAUUAUAUAUAUCUAAUUCUAAAAAUGGCCUGCUUGAAGAAAAUCUGAAUUGAAAUUUUAAGAUCAGUACAUUCAAUGAAUAAUUAUUUUUAACAGAUUCUAAACUUUACAAAAGGAUUUUUUAAAAAGUACUUUAGUUGGCAUAUUCUUAUGUGCCUUCAGAACACAAAUUAGCAAAAUCUUAACUAACCUAACUUGUAAAAAAGAUAAUUCUUGUGUAAAUCUAAUAUAUGUGUAAUUUCAACAUCACAUUUUACCUAAAAGUGACAUAGCAAAAUUUGUCAUAUUCAGUAUGUUGUAACAUGUUCCUUGUGAGAGAAGAUCAAAGCAUUGCAAAAUAAACUAGUGUUGUGAGUUGAAUUGUGUACCCACCCCCCUCCAAAUUCAUAUGUUGAAAUCCUAAUACCUCAGAAUGUGACUUUAUUUGACAAUAGGGUCAUUGUGAGUGGGCCUCUAAUCCAAUAUGAUUGGUGUCCUUAUAAAACAGCAAUUUGAACAAAGAUAAGAAUAAAGGGAAAAUGCCAUGUAAACAUAAAGACAGUCAUCCAUAAGCCAAGGACAGACCUCUUGGAUAGAUUCUUUACUUACAGCCUUCAGAAGGAACUAACCCUGCUAACAUUCAUUUCAGACUUCUAGCCUCCAAAUUUAUUGAAAGACAAUAACUUUCUGUUACUUAAAAGCCACCCAGGUAGUGCAGCCUUGUUACAACAGCCCUAGCAAAUUAAUACAAAUGGCUGAAAAAUUAAGGAAGUGCUAAAUAGAUUUAGAUUCUGGGAAUAAAAAGAUUCUUGGGUUAUGUACAUCAGAACCACUUGGGAUGCUUGCUAAAAAUGCAUCAGUAUCUUUAGGGAUGGAUCCUGGGAAUUUGAACUUUAAAAAGAAUUCUAGGUGAUUUAUUCCUUCUGCAAAUAUUUAUUGGGGGUUUACUUUGUUCCAGGGACAAAGAGUGGACCAUGACAGAUAAACUUUCUGCUUAUGUCUAGUGGAGAAUUGUUUGUACUACCUAAACUUAAAACUGAGGAAGAGGGGCAGGCAGGAAAGAAAAUACUUUCAAUUUGGUUUAAUUGCAGGUAUUGUGAUAGAAAAUAUAUUGGUGCUUUAGAGGCAGACAUUUAGCCCAAUUUGGGGUGGAGGUGGAAAGUGAGCGUAGAGGAAGGGGUCAGCAUGAGUUUCUAGCAUGUGAUGAUGCCUUGAGUGUAGGCAUCAAGAAGAGAGUUAUCAGACUGUGAAGACACACCAAGUAAAGAGACUGAUUGAGCAUUAUUGGGAAUUGUAUAGUACUGGGCCUUUAUAAAGUGUAAUUAUUAAUCCUUGAAUGUUCUUAUCUCUGAAAGUUUCUCAAAUUUAGAGCCAGUUCUGAUAUUCACCAAGUACAUGAUUGAUGUGUUUAUAUUGAUUGUUAUGAUAUUGAAAUGUUUAAUUCAAGUUAAUAAAUAGACACCUUAACCUCUUGAGUGCUACCCCCAGGCCUACCCUCUGGGUGUUGGUUGAUGCAUGAACCACAUUUAUCAUUAAAUAUUUUUAAAACAUCACUAUAAUAAAAAUUCAUGCUAAAUAAA